ACAUAAGUACGCAAAUAAUAAACCGCUUGAAAGACAAGAAAAACUCCAUUUAUUAUUUAAUAAGAAGAGUAAUAUAAUAUGCGUAAUUAAUAUUUUAAAUCUUAUAUGUCUACCCAAUUGAAAUAUCAAUUCAAUAUUUAUUACGUUGCCUAAAAGCCUUGAGAACUGCUAUUAUAUAAAGCACGUGAUUCACAAUAGUCAAUCGAACAAUUCUUGAGAAUACUGAACGAUCAACAUGUUAUUCUACAAACUUGCAUUCAGUGUUGUGAUACUUGGAUUAUCCUUAGCCAACCAACCUACGCUUCCUGUAACCACCUGCAAACAAGGUUCAAUUGAUUACUCUGCUUGUUUAAAACAUGCUUUUGAAGAAGCAUUUCCACGAUUUAUUGCAGGAAUACCAGAAUUUGAGUUACCACCUUUGGAUCCAUUAUUUUACAAAUAUGGCAAAGCUGUAUUUAAUUCAGGCCAGAUACGUGCAGACAUUAUUUUGUUAAACAGUACUGCUGUUGGUAUAUCAAAAAUGCAUGUUUUUGAUAUCAGAACACAUUUACUUAAUGACGUUUUCCGGUUGGAAAUUGACGAGGACGUACCAAAUGUGUUCUUACAAGGUAUCGUGAAAAUGAAUGGAACUCUAGGAGGUAUAUUCAGAAUUGUUAGUGAAGGUCCUUUCAAUCUAACUGCUGAUCAUGUGACAGGAACAUGGAAUUUAAUAGGGCGUGUAGUAAACGAUACAUGGAUUGUAGAACACUUUCAUAUGUUACCAUUAGUUAAAAAGCUCAAAGUGUAUUUUGAUGUUUUCCAAGGCAACAAAGAACUUAAUGAUCUUGCCGUAACUUUUGUGAAUAAUUUCUGGCCAGCGUUAUAUCGUUAUAUGUUGCCAAUAACGUCUGAUGUAUGGGAUCCAUGGUUAACCGGUAUUGCUAAUAAGUUUUUUUCGAAAGUUUCUUUCUCAGAAAUAUUUCCAUAAAAUUCAUAUGAGUAUACAUAAAAGAGAUGUAAAAUUACCAGCAAAUUUGUUGUAACAAUUAUUUAGAGUAAAAUUACGAUAAUUUAGUAAUUUCUUGGUAAUUUUAAUAAAAUUUAAUGUCUUUAUAGCAAUUAAA